CUAACGUCCAUGGGGCAAAUAAUUAAACGGCUGACUGCUAGCCCUCAUUCUUCGGCCGCCUCGCCGUGCUUAUAAUUAAGCAUACAUUACCAUAUGUAUCAUACACAUUAAUUCUGCUUCUUCUUCUUUAUAUAUAGAGUAAAUAGCAGCCUUCUUUUUCAGUCUUUCUCCUCAUUCCCAUGGAAAACUUUCCGAUUUUUAAUUUUCCUUCUUCGUCAUCGGUGUCGAUGUUGAAUCCCCGUGCUGAUCAUGAUACUAAGUUAUUUCUAGACGGCAGGAUGAAUGGAUUCGUGGGACAAACGUCUGAUCAGAUUGAGGUACCUUCCAGGGAUCUGAAUGGAGACAGCGUCCUUGGUCAUGAGAAAAGCUUGGCGGCCGCCGGGGCAGGAUCUGAAGGGAAAGGAGGGAAGAGCAAAGGGGAGAAAAAGGUUAGAAAGCCCAGAUAUGCUUUUCAAACCAGAAGUCAUGUUGAUAUACUGGAUGAUGGGUAUAGAUGGAGAAAAUAUGGGCAAAAGGCAGUGAAGAAUAACAAGUAUCCGAGGAGUUAUUACAAAUGCACGCAUCAAGAAUGUAAUGUCAAGAAGCAAGUUCAACGAUUAACUAAAGACGAAGGGAUCGUUGUGACAACCUACGAGGGCAUGCAUUCACAUCCAAUUGAGAAGUCUAAUGACAAUUUUGAGCAUAUCUUGAGCCAAAUGCAAAUCUACUACCCUUCAUUCUAAAUCAUCAUGUAUGCAUUAGAGCAUAGAGACUUCACAUCCUUAUUUAUUGUAUUCAUAUUAAAUAUUAAAUCCUCUCAAAUAAAGUGUGCUUCCAAAA